AUGGAGAGUAAAAAAAAUUGUACAAUUUUUUCCUUGUAUAGUGAUAAUGAGAAAGAAAAAGGAACAUUACAUUAUAUCUCUUUUAAAUUUCUUUUCUUAAGUUUAUAUGUGAUUGGAUUUUACCUUUUUUUUCUAAAUAUAUCAUUAGAAAAGAAGGGCUUUGAAAUUGUUAAUAUUAGAAACGUAUAUGUACGAAAUUUAGGUGAGGCACAAAAAAAUAGCAACGGUUCACAAAGGAAAAGAAAUUUAAAUCUUAAAAAUGAAGAUAUAAAUAAAACAAAAUCUAAUGGAAAUAUUAAAAGUAAUGAACAAAAAGUAGAGGAAAAUAAUGAUUGUACUAACAAUUAUAUGAAGAAUAAUAAUGAGGAAAAUAAAAGUAAUAGAUCUGUGAAUAAUAUAAAUUAUAAUGAUUUAACAAAGAAUUUAACAGAAAAGGAAUUAUAUGAUGUACUAAAUUCAUUAAAAGAAUGCCCACCGAAUGAAGAUCUUAGAAAUUUAUGGACUCACACACUCGGUAUUGCAAAAGAAGGUUUGGAUGAUAUAUUAAAAGAGUUAAAAGAAUCAACAAAAAAAAACUUAGACAAUCAUAAUUUUCUAUGGGAUGAUUUUAAGAAACGUUGGUUAUAUGAUUAUGUAUGUAAAAAAUAUAGUAAUAAAUUUUGUCAAUCUUUGAUAAAGGAAGAGGUGGAAUACACUAAAACAUUUUUUAGUUUAAUUAAUGAUAAACACACACUUGAUGAGAUAUUAAAAUUUAUUUAUUCCUACUUAGAAUUUUUUCAAAUAUUAAAAAAAGAAUUGUAUGAAAAAUACAAAGAGAAAAUAUUAAAAAAACUUGCAUAA